CGCGACCCCCGCCCGGCCAUGCGGCCCCCCGGCCCCCGCGCCCCCGGGCUGGCGCUGCUGGCCGCGCUGCUGGCGGCGCCCCGGGCCCUCGCAGAGGCCCCGCACCUGGUGCUCGUGGACGCGGCCCGCGCGCUGCGGCCCCUGCGGCCCUUCUGGAGGAGCACCGGCUUCUGCCCCCCCCUGCCGCACAGCCAGGCUGACCGCUAUGACCUCAGCUGGGACCAGCAGCUCAACCUGGCCUAUGUGGGUGCUGUCCCUCACGGGGGCAUCGAGCAGGUCCGGACCCACUGGCUGCUGGAGCUCAUCACGGCCAGGGAGUCAGCUGGGCAAGGCCUGAGCUACAACUUCACCCACCUGGAUGGCUACCUGGAUCUCCUCAGGGAGAACCAGCUCCUCCCAGGUUUUGAGCUGAUGGGCAGCCCCUCCCAGCGCUUCACUGACUUCGAGGACAAGCGGCAGGUGUUGGCGUGGAAGGAGCUGGUGUCCCUCCUGGCCAGGAGAUACAUCGGGAGGUAUGGACUCUCAUACGUUUCCAAGUGGAACUUCGAGACGUGGAAUGAGCCAGACCACCACGACUUCGACAACGUGACCAUGACCCUGCAAGGCUUCCUGAACUACUAUGACGCCUGCUCCGAGGGUCUGCGUGCUGCCAGCCCGGCCCUGCGCUUUGGCGGCCCCGGGGACUCUUUCCACCCCUGGCCGCGCUCCCCCCUGUGCUGGGGCCUCCUGGAGCAUUGUCACAACGGCACCAACUUCUUCACCGGGGAGCUGGGGGUGCGCCUGGACUACAUCUCCCUCCACAAGAAGGGCGCGGGGAGCUCCAUCUACAUCCUGGAACAGGAGCAGGCCACCGUGCAGCAGAUCCGACGGCUCUUCCCCAAGUUCGCCGACACCCCCGUUUACAACGACGAGGCGGACCCGCUGGUGGGCUGGGCCCUGCCGCAGCCCUGGAGAGCCGACGUGACGUACGCGGCCAUGGUGGUGAAGGUCGUGGCGCAGCACCAGAACCCGCCCCGGGCCAACGGCAGCGCGGCCCUGCGCCCCGCGCUCCUGAGCAACGACAACGCCUUCCUGAGCUUCCACCCGCACCCGUUCACGCAGCGCACGCUCACCGCGCGCUUCCAGGUCAACGACACGGAGCCGCCGCACGUGCAGCUGCUGCGCAAGCCGGUGCUCACGGCCAUGGCGCUGCUGGCCCUGCUGGACGGCCGGCAGCUGUGGGCCGAGGUGUCGCGGGGCGGGACGGUGCUGGACAGCAACCACACGGUGGGCGUCCUGGCCAGCGCGCACCUGCCGGCCGGGCCCCGGGACGCCUGGCGCGCCACCGUGCUGCUCUACGCGAGCGACGACACGCGCGCCCACGCCGCCCGCGCCGUGCCCGUGACGCUGCGCCUGCUCGGGGUGCCGCGGGGCCCAGGGCUCGUCUACGUCACCCUGGCCCUGGACAACCCGCGCUGCAGCCCCCACCGCGAGUGGCAGCGCCUGGGCCGGCCCGUCUUCCCCACGGCGGAGGAGUUUCGGCGCAUGCGCGCAGCCGAGGACCCGGUGGCCGAGGCGCCGCGCCCCUUCCCCGCCAGCGGCCGCCUGACGCUCAGCGUGGAGCUGCGGCUGCCCUCGCUGCUGCUGCUGCACGUGUGCGCGCGCCCGGAGAAGCCGCCGGGACCGGUGACCCGGCUCCGUGCCCUGCCCUUGACCCGUGGGCAGGUGCUUUUGGUGUGGUCGGAUGAGCGCGUGGGCUCCAAGUGCCUGUGGACCUAUGAGAUCCAGUUCUCCGCGGAUGGAGAAGUGUACACGCCCAUCAGCAGGAAGCCAUCCACCUUUAACCUGUUUGUGUUCAGCCCAGAGUCAGCCGUCACCUCUGGCUCCUACCGGGUUCGAGCGGUGGACUACUGGGCCCGACCGGGCCCCUUCUCGACCCGCGUGCACUACGUGGAGGUCCCUGCACCGUCAGGGCCGCCACGGCCCAGUGACUGUGAGCGGUGCUGA